AGUCGUUAGUCGUUGCGGCGGUGUCAGUUUGCCGUAAACGCGGUUGGGAGAGGUGAUAAAACAAAAUUUUUGGUAAACACGGCGUGUGAGUUGUGUGUGUGGUUCGGCCCCACGGGGCUUUUCCGAGGAUAUGGCUAAUUAUUACCUCAACACCAUCGACAAUCACGUGUUUAAGAGGGAAGACUCGGAAAUAGACAAUACGGGUAAUGAAGACUCUGAUGACUCAGCCGCUGCGGAGGAGGCUUUGCAGACAAGGUCUAAAAAGCCAAUUAAUAAAGGCAGGUGGAGCAAAGAAGAGGACGCCAGGUUAAAACAGCUCGUCGAGGAGUAUAAUGAAAAGUGGGACAUAAUAGCUGAGCAUUUUCCCGAUCGAUCUGACGUCCAAUGUCAACAACGAUGGACGAAAGUAGUCAACCCUGAACUUGUGAAAGGACCGUGGACCAAAGAGGAGGAUGAAAAAGUUAUUGAACUCGUUAAUAAAUACGGUGCCAAGAAGUGGACCCUAAUAGCCCGCCAUUUAAAGGGAAGGAUAGGAAAGCAGUGCCGGGAAAGAUGGCACAAUCACUUAAACCCCAAAAUAAAGAAAAGUGCCUGGACAGAACACGAAGACGAAAUUAUUUAUAAAGCCCAUCAGGUUCUGGGUAACCAGUGGGCACGGAUUGCGAAAUUAUUGCCAGGCAGGACAGACAAUGCCAUUAAAAAUCAUUGGAACUCUACGAUGAGGAGAAAAUACGAGGCGGAGAAUCGAGAAAAUGGCGAUUCAAGAAGAGGGAGGCAUAAAAAGAUUGUGUCUAAGCAAACCGAAACUAAUCUGUACUCUCAGUUCCAUCAUAAUCAAGUUGGACAUAUCGAUGCCAAUGAUUUACAUUGCUUAAAGCAGGAUAAUGUUAAUAUCUAUUCUGCAGAGGAAUGGCAAGUAGACUUGUACGACCAAGCGAGCAGCCAGUCAAGCACUGGUGGCUUCUCGAUGGGUGCCCCCACACCAAGUCCUACACCGCAGCAAACAAUAUUAAAUUCCGUAGAAAGAGUAAACUCCUCACCUCCCCAGACUACUCAAAACAACAAUGAUCUUCCUUCAUUUGAUUACAUUAAUGUAUAUCGAAAUCAGUCCUCUCCUGUGAAGUUAAUACCAAUGAAUGAUGACGCUAUGUCUGAUUUUGAUGUAGGUUACUACAACUCACCAGGUGUUAGCCCUCUGAAAAUGAACAAUAGGCAGUUCAUUAAAGCAAGGGUAGUACCUCCAAGCUAUUCCCAAAACACUCUUGUACCUGUAGCUAAUGCUCUUAGCAUGCCACGUGCCUCAACCCCCCCGAUAUUGAGGAGGGGCACCAAAUCUCGCAAGCGGAGAGAAAGUACCGAACAACUUGCUCAAGAACUUGCCUUAUCGGCUGGCCCUAGUGUUGCCAGAAUAGAAGACAUCGGUUACUUAUUCGAUGGUGCCAAGCCAACUAUAUUCAGCCCGUUGAAGAACGGCAGUUCUCCCAUUAAACAGCUGCCGUUCAGUCCAUCGCAAUUUUUGAACAGCCCCAAUAUUGCUAACAUUAGUUUUGAUGUGACGUUAUCUUCUACCCCAGUGAAGAAACAACAAAUUUUGACGCCAGUUAAGGAUAAAUCAAAACCGGAUCAUGAUUACAGUCCCCUUAGUACUCCUCAUGGCAUUUCUGUUAAAAGUGAAGCCGUUACUUCAUCGGCAGAUAUUAUAACAACACCGAACAAGAGGGAUUUCCUUAACAGUGAUACACCAAGAACCCCUACUCCCUUCAAAAAAGCUCUGGCUGACCUUGAGAAAAAGUCUGGGCCAAUUACGAAUCUUCCAGAUACACCUUCCUCGAGAUUGGAAGACAUUACAGAAAUAAUGAAAAAAGACCAAGAUACCUCCAGUUACGAAACGGAUACCAGCAUGUUGGUAACCAACGAUAGUGGCUAUAUGACCGGAAAAAGAAAAGGUGGAGUGUUAGCUGCUGGAAAAGAAAACAUUCUGCCAAACAAGAGGGUGCGUAAAGCCCUAGCUCCAUCUUGGGCCUCGACUUCCUCGCAAAUGAAUUCAUCAGAAAUGUCAUUUGCCAUUGAAACUCCUAGUAAAUCUUUGGGCGAGGACACUUCGAUCUUGUUCUCCACUCCUUCUUCGAUUAUGAAAGACUCCUUAGGAGUGACGGGAUUAAUGGAUAUCCCCCCACAGUCGGGGUCCUCCAAGCGCCUGCUCCCCGUCAGUGCCUCAAAUCGAGCCUCCCAAGGUCCACGCAGCACCGCGGCCAAGCGGAUAACAUUUGAGGAUCCGAGGCCAAAAGCUCCUAAGCUGGACUAUUUGUGGGCGAUGGUAGCUUGUGGCCGCACUCAAGACCAGUUAGACCUAACUGAAAAAGCGCGCCAUUUCCUCAAAACAACUGGUUUAAAACCGCGUUCUCUUAAUUUUUAGAGUGCCACUGUACAUAGUUUUAAGUCUCUACGUUCGUUUCUAGAAUGUGGCUAAUUUACAAAAACUUAGUGCAAAGCUAGUUUGUUUUUAUAAAAAUAUAUAGAUAUAAUGUAGGAUUUGUUAUUGAACAUUCUUUUGGGUUUUAUUUGUAAAAGAGUGACUAGUAUUAUGAAUGGAACCCCUUUUUUGCACAUGUAUAGAACUAGUCUUAUUGUAAUUUUAAUAUCUUAGUAAGAUAAGCUGUAUUAUAUAUUUUGAAUAUAAAUUGUUAAUAGAACAUUAUGCAUAAUUAUCAGAGCUAUAUAUUAUUUUGAAAUAUAUUUUUUUAUAUAAUAUAAAAUAUUGUCUAUAUAGCUCAUGAUAAAGUCGUUUCAUAAAAGUUGAAUAAAAAAAAUGUAAUUUUUUCUUUAAUUGUAACAUUAACAUAUUUCAGGUAUUUUUGUUCAUAACUUUGGCUUAUAAAGCAUCAUUAUAGUACAAUUUUUGUAUUAAAAUUAUAAAAGUUGUAAUUUCAGGAAUUUUAUUUAU